AUGAGUGAAAAACUAGACUUGAUCCUCUUCGGCGUGACAGGCCUCGUCGGUCGUUACGGUGUCAGACAUCUUUACAAGUUAUCCAAAGAAAAGAACCUCACCUUUGGAGUUGCCGGUAGGAACGAGCAGAAGAUCAAGAACGUCUUGGUGAAACUGGAGGAAGAAACUGGAGACAAAUCCAUAGCUAAGAUCCCGAUCAUCCUAGCUGAUAUGAGCGACGAACAGUCGAUCAAGCAGAUGACAUCGAGAUGUAAGGUUCUGAUACAAUCUUGCGGACCUUUGAGGCAACUUGGUGAAGUCGUGGUCAAGGCUUGCAUCGAAUCAAGGACUCACUACGUGGACGUCAGCGCUGAAGAGAACUUCAUCGAUAAGGUAGCCCUUGAAUACCAAGAACAAGCCAAAAAAGCUGGUAUUUACAUGGUGGGAUCAUGUGGUAUCGACUGUAUAGCCUACGAUCUUGGGGUCCUAUACAUCCAGAAGAAAUUCAGAGGCACUGUUAACUCCGUCGAGACUUAUUUGAAGAUGGACACUGACGAUCCGACCCUCACUGGUCCGAGUUACAACGUGUCUACUUGGAAAUCCACCAUCGACCUCAUGCUAAACAAACGUGAACUCAAAGCUUUACAGGCUAGAAUUUUCAAUAAAAACAUGCCGAAACUCAAGCCAGCCUUAGGCACCAAACACCUCCCCUUCAAACCUUACGUAGAGGACGGUUGGUCCAUCCUUCUGACAGGUUCUGACAGGUCCGUGAUGAUGAGGACCCAACAAUACUUGUACGAGGAGAAGAACAAGCGACCAGUUCAGGUACAGACUUAUUACAUGUUGAAGGCUCUCUGGUACUUGAUUUUCUUCGUUAUAUUCGGACUUAUGUUCGCCUUCUUGCUGCCUUUCAAGUUGGGUAGGAAGAUUUUGUUGAGGUACCCGGCUUUCUUCACGGGGGGUGUGUUUGGUAACGAGGAACCCUCUCAGGCUAUGUGUGAGAACGCCUGGUUCAGGCUGACGUUCGUGGCUAAGGGAUGGAAGGAUAAAAUUGUUGGACCCGAUGAGAAAUUCAACGAAAAACCUAACCACGGUAUGAUGCUCCAAGUGAAAGGAAAGAAUCCUGGUUAUGGAGGUACAGCCCUUUGCUUGGUCCUGGCUGGUGUUAUGAUAGCCACUCAGGCUGAUAAACUGCCGAGCAAACCUGGUGUUUACACCCCUGGUAUAGCUUUCGGUGAGACUACCAUUGUUGAAGAUCUUCACGAAAGAGGUUUGUCGUUUGAUGUCCUCAAUGAAUUCGCCAUUUCUUCUUGA